UGCAAUGGCGGACAGGAUGAAGUUGAAUGAGAAAAACGGUGUAGUCGAUAAACAAAGGGAAAAUGUUGCCAAAACCUCGUCUUGCAAGGAAAUAUCAAGCUACAGAGACAAUAUCUUCAUUCUUUUGAAUCUGCUCACAGACUUCGGGAGUGAGCUGAAAUUGGGUGAAGCCGCUCUGAAAAUCAGCACCAGCUUAGAAGCAGUGGAUGUGACAUCUCUUCAGCCUACUCAUCAUGUGUUCACCUGUCUUCAGAAACAUAUCUCCAAACUACAGUCAGUAUCAGACAACCUGAGGGUACUGCUGGAGGCAGAAGGCCAGUCCUCAUCUUCAAAGAGCAACAAGGAUGAAACCAUUACCACAGUCUCUUCUGAUGAGGAGAUGACCAUAGACUCAGAUCCCAUGCUACCUGCAGCUCAGCCAACCAGGCCAGAGGUAGAGGAGGAGGGCAAGUUGCAGGUUGAUGACCUCAGCGUUCAGAUCAGAGCCACCAAAUCAGAGAUUGAUAGGAGGAUAUCUGCAUUUAUAGAGCGCAAGCAGCUGGAGAUCAAUGAAAACAACGUGAGGGAGUUCUGCAACGUGAUCGACUGCAAUCAGGAAGACAGCUGUGCCAGAACAGAUGCAGUAUUCACACCCUACCCAGGCUUCAAAAGUCAUGUUAAAGUGUUGCGUGUGGUGAACACCUAUGGGCCUCAGACUCGUGGAGGGGGAGGUGUAGGAGGAGGAGCCUUGGGGGAGGCUGAGGAGCAGCAGAGGGCCAUGGUGUCUAGAGACUGUGGGAAUCCAGCCAUAGAGGAACGCCUGCACAACAUCGAGACGCACCUAAAGCUCCCAACAGAGGGUCCAGUGCCUUUAAGUGUGUACCAGAGGCUGAAGAAGCUUGAAGAUCGGAUCCUGGAGUUGGAGGGACUUUCACCGGAGUACUUCCAGUCUAGUUACCUACACAAGCGACCAAAGACCUCAAUGUCUCAGGCCUGCAGUCUGUCGGAGCUGGAUGUGAAGAUCAGUGCUGUCAAAGCGGCAUUGCUGAAGAGGAUGGGGGAGUUUGGGCCGGUAGCGUACGACACAGAGUGUCCCCUCUAACCCCCAACCUUUUGACCUACGACCUUCACACACACUCACCAUUAUGGGCAACAGACUAGAGGAAGAUAAUCAAUAAUUUACCGCUUGAGAUGUAGAUAUCCACCCUUACACACUGCUGAAUGCUGCCUCAGUUUUAUUGUGUAAAAUGUUUCGAACUGAAGGUCUUCGUCAAGUUAUAAGGUCCUGACAUGGAGAUCAUAUUAAAUUACUAGAGGGGCUAUGUCAUAAACCCUCAAAGUUCCAGAAUGGGGUGAAAAUGGCAGCCAUAUUGGUCAGGGAGAAAUCCAAACCAGUCUAAUUGGAAUGAAUGGCAGUAGAGGAAUAAUCCUGAUUUUACUUAUUCAGAAAAAGAAAAGUAAUGCAUGUGAUAUAUCAGAAACUGUGUAAUAGAAUUACCAACCUAAGAAUUACCAACCUAAAAUAUUGUCAUAUACAGUGAGGGAAAAAAGUAUUUGAUCCCCUGCUGAUUUUGUACGUUUGCC